UCCCCUAUUAUAUUUGUAUAUAAGUAAAGAAGAGAGUCAAGAGGAGAAUCCCACCAAAGAGUUUCAAAAGUUGGUUUAAUAAGUUACAAGUCUGACCAAGUCUCUGCUUACACACACGUCUCUCCCAAGUCCCAACAACCAAUCAUCUCGAUCAGCUCGGCCUAACUUCUCUUUUCCCGUUGGUUUUCUUGAGAACUCGCUCUCUCUCUCUUUCUGAGUAUCUUCAAAGAAACUUCAAGCACAUGUCUUCUAUGUUGGGUUGUUCUAGUGGCACCGUAGCGAUCGCUACAGCCAUGGUUUUCUCGAGCACUGCUCUGUUUCUCGCGAUGGCUCGUCAGUUCCAUGGCAAUCAAACCUCGAAGAAUCAUGAUCAGACUCCACCACCAAUCCUUCGUUCUUGCCUAUCUUCAGAGGAAACGAAGAAACAGAGGAAGAAGAAGAGAGUUCGCUUCGCGGGGAACGUGAAAGAUACGAAAGGGAACGGGAAAGAGUAUAGGAAGAGGGAACUGAGCCGGAGAACCGUACCGGAGCCAGUGACUAAACCGGGCAAGACCGGUUCAGUAUGUGGAAUAUCCACGAUGCCAGCGAACCGGAUGGCUCUGUACCAUGGGAUUCUCAGAGACCGAGAUCACAGGACUCAAUGUUCUUAUUGACUUUUAUUCUUGACCAAACAAGUCAAUAGAUUUUUGAUUUGCAGAUUUUUCUGUAAUAUACCUUUUCUCGGUAAAUUCAGAAUAGUAGUAGUUGGUGGCCUUCUUGCUCUUCUUUUUGAUUCAUAGUAGUAGUUGGCCUUCUUGCUCUCUACUUUUCUAAUUGUUUGUUAUAAAAUCAAAGUGACGAUGUAAAUAAGUGGCCUGUAAUUUUGUAAAAGUCAUGUAAUUUAUAUUGA